AUGCCAUCCAGCAAGGUUCAUCAAUCCUUAGGGCCCUCCAAGAUGCCUGAAGGAUUCCAGAGCAAAGUUGUGGCCCCUCGUAAUCCUAAACUUGUCAGAGAGGAAGAAAAGGCUGUUACUCUGACUCCAUCUGCCUUCCUAAAGGAGAUGUCUCUUACUACGGAGCAGAAGCUGGCUAGUACUCAUGAGAUGCGGCCACCUCGGAUUAUUGAGCUUUUAGACAUGAGUGAAACCUCCCAUCAAAAGUUCUCUUCAGUUGACCUGGAGCAGAGCUUGUUUCAGCCCUUCCCAUCAGAGGUGGUAUUUCAGAACUAUGCCCCUUGUGAGAUCUAUGAAGUCCCGCUGAUUCUGAGGAACAAUGACAAGAUUCCCCGGUUGGUGAAAGUCAUCCUGGAGAGUUCUCCUUACUUCAGAGUUAUCAGUCCCAAUGAUGUGGGUCACAAAGUAGCACCGGGCAUGGCGUCUACCUUCCGCAUCCUCUUCACUCCUGAGGAGAACAAGGAUUACAUCCACCAGGUAACCUGCAUCACGGAAAGAGAAAAGUUUAUUGUGCCUAUCCGAGCUAUAGGGGCUCGGGCAAUACUGGACUUCCCUGACCAACUGAACUUCUCCACCUGCCCCGUCAAGUACAGCACUCAGAAAACUCUGCUGGUUCGCAACAUUGGCAAUAGAGAGGCCCGCUACAGAACCAGCCUUCAGAGCCCUUUCUCUGUAGAGCCCUGCAUUGGGACACUGGGUGUAGGGGAGACCAUGCAGCUAACGGUAGAGUUCCAGCCGCUGGAGACAGGUGAUCACUCCAAGGACCUGAUUGUUCAUUAUGACACCGGUGAGGAUAUCCACAUAAGUUUGUAUGGAGCGGCCACAGACCUCAAUGUCAGACUGGACAAGAACUCCUUGACGAUUGAGAAGACAUAUGUUACUUUAGCAAACCAAAGAUCGGUGCUUAUACACAACCGAAGCGACAUCAUUGCACACUUCCAGUGGAAGGUCUUUGUUACUCAAGAAGAGGAGGAACGACAGAAACUAAGGCUCUGUUACCAACUGCAGACCCAGGAAGAGGAUGGGACUGAUCCAUUUCUGGAGGAAUGCAAUGCAGACCCUAUGUUCCGAGAGCGCCUUUCCAUUCUCUCCCGCACCUUCCAGAACCACAGGGCAAUGAUGCAAGGAGACUCCAUGUUCUUCUCUGAUAAUAUCUUCGCUAUUGAGCCAGUGGAAGGAGAUGUUUGGCCAAAUUCCACAGCUGAAAUUAAUGUGAUCUUUAAGCCCCGAGAAGCCAAAGUCUAUCACAGAACCAUCUACUGUGACAUCUCAGGCCGUGAGACCCGGCUCCCCCUGCGCAUCAAAGGGGAAGGGAUGGGUCCCAAGCUGCUCUUCAGCUUCGACCAGCUAGAUAUUGGAAAGGUCUUUGUUGGGUCAACACACAGUUAUGAGGCAAUCCUGUGUAACAAAGGAGCCAUUGAUGCCCUCUUUAACUUGAUUCCUCCAUCUACUGCACUGGGCGCCUGUUUUACCCUUGACCCCAAAGAGGGCAUCAUUCUGCCAGGUGGACUUCAAGCCAUCCAGAUCUCCUUCAGUUCCACCAUCCUGGGGGAGUUCACAGAGGAGUUUAAAUUCAGUGUGAACGGAGCCCCCGAGCCUGUGAACUUAACUAUUAGGGGCUGUGUCAUCGGACCAACGUUUCAUUUCAACGUACCAUCCCUAAAUUUUGGCGAUGUCUCCUUUGGGUUUCCUCGGUCCUUAUCAUGUUGCCUCAGUAACACGUCUUUGAUCCCCAUGACAUUCAACCUUCGCGUCUCUGGGGAUGGCCCUGGGGAUCCAAGUGUUACUAGUUCUGUUCAGACCUUGGACAUCACAAGAACAUCCUGGAGAAAGGGAGCCCAGGGAAGUGUCAAGCCAAAAGAAUUUACCAUAACACCCAGUAGUGGUACCAUUCGCUCUCAUGAGCUCCUGGAUAUCCAGGUGACCUUAUGUUCCAACACUGUGAAGAAAUAUGAAAUGGCAUUGGUGGUGGAUGUGGAUGGUAUCGGAGAGGAAGUGCUGGCACUCCUAAUCACAGCGAGAUGUGUUGUUCCUCCACUGCGUGUGGUUAACCCUGUGGUGAAGUUUGGACGGUGUUUCCUGAAGUUCCCUUACCAGCAGAUGGUGAUGCUUGUGAACGACGCUGAGCUUCCAGGGUGCUACGGGGUUCUCCCUCAGGAGUAUGAGGAGAAGCCCUCUGUGCUGUACUCCAGCCCCAGGCCUUGUGGCAUUAUUCAACCUCACAGCACUGUGGAGAUCCCCUUAGCACUGGAAACCCAAGUGACUGGACAGCAGGACACUGUGGCUUCCAUAGCCAUGUUUGGGAGUGAAGACCCCCGCCUGAAGAUUCAUUUAGUGAGCAUUGGUGAAGGCCCAGUUGUCUACGUGGAUCCUGCUCAGAUAGAUUUCGGCAAUAUCCAGGUUCUAAAGGAUGCUUCCUGUACACUCCACCUCUCCAAUCAGACCGUUAUUCCUGCACCAUUUUGGGCACAGUUGGCUCGCAGUCACUCGUUGUGGAGGAUUGAGCCCAGUGAAGGUGUAGUUCCCCCGGAGGCUGAGGUAUCGCUGACUCUGGUUGCUAACUUGGAUGACACGGUGAAAUUCCAAGACAAGGUGAACUUGUUCAUACAAAACAGCAAUACCUAUGUGAUCCCAGUCCAGGCUGUUGGCAUUGGUACCACGAUUGUCACGGACAAACCCUUUGCUCCAGCACUCAACUUGGGACCCCAUUUCAGUCUGGAUCCCUGCUGCUAUCGCUUCAAGAUAACCAAUCGUGGACGACGAACCCAUCAGCUCUACUGGAUGACAGAAGGUUUCCCUCCAUUUCGCCAGCGUAACCAUUUCCCUGCUAUCGGUAAUGCCAAGGGCAAGAACUCCCCCCAGAGACCAGAGACCCCCUCUCCGGUGUUUAAGCUUCGACCAUUAAGGAUGGAGCUGAUCCCAGGCAAGACCAUGGAUGUGAUGCUGGAAGGCUCCUCUGACACCCCUAAGGUAGUGAAGGAACGAUUGAUUUGCCAUGCCAUUAUAGGGAAGCAGUCUGGGAAGGAACGGAUAAUGCAAGUGGACGUCACAUGUGAAUUCAUCGCACCCAUUCUGCACCUCUCCUCCAAAGAGAUCACUUUCCGAGUGGAGAAGCACCCCAGUGAUGUCCUGACUUCGCAGUAUGAACCUCUGAUCUUAAAGAACAUCUCCUCCCUGCCACUCAGCGUUCUCCUGUCCCUACAAGCCCCCUUCUUCCUCUGUGAUGCAGACCAGCAAACACUGCCUGCAGAGGCUCAGCCCAGGACACUAGAGACCGGAGAGGAGCAGCAUCUCUCCAUCAGGUUUGACCCUUCCUACAGAAAGGAUUUGAACACCCGGGUUGCAGAGGAGGUCCUGACUAUCCGGUAUCUGGAACACCCUCAUGAGGACCAGGUCACCCUUCGGGGUGAAGUGCACUUCCCAAACCUCCACUUCCAGACUAUGGAUUUGGAUUUCGGCUGCAUCUUGAACGACACCGAGGUUGUACGUUACAUCAAAAUGACCAACUGCAGCCCGCUUCUCGUCAAGUACCACUGGUCCUUCCUGAUGGACAACUAUGAGAACCAGAUAAGAAACUCCAGAGAGAUGGAUGUGGAGAAACAUGUCAAUGGGACGAGUGAAGAGGAGACCCAAUGCAAAGAGCCGCUGGACAGAAAUGAUUCCUCAGAAAUAAAGAUGCUAAUGGUGGGUGCCGAUGAGGUGGAAGGCAUUUCUCUGACUCAGAGCCCGGCGGAGCUCAAGGAAUCACUGUGGUUUGUGGAGUCGGAAGACCUUCUUGCAACAGGGGUGGAAGAAGUGUUUGACAUCUUGCCCCUCUAUGGAAUGCUCCAACCCAGCGAGAGUCAGCAGGUCUCGUUCACCUUUUAUGGCCACGCCGACAUCACUGCCCGGGCCAAGGCGCUGUGCAAAGUCGAGGGAGGCCCUACCUAUGAGAUCAUGCUGAGCGGAGAGGCUUCACUCAUCAGUUAUGCCUUUGACAUAAAGGAGAUUGACUAUGGGCUGCAGCUAUUUGACCAAGUCAUUGAAGCUGAAAUCACGCUAUGCAAUAGCGGGAAGGUUGGAUUUGGGUACAUGGUACUGAACACGAGCCAGGCCUCCGCCGACACCCCUCCGCCAGGAGUGCCACUGAUCCUGCCUGCCACUGGUUACAUUGAAUCCAAAAAAGAACAAGUGCUGAAGGUCUAUUACCUGCCUGGCGUGCCUGAGGUCUUCCAACAGACCUUCCAGAUACAGGUGGCCCACCUGGAGCCAGAGAGCAUCACCUUGAAAGGAGAGGGAACCUUCCCCAGGAUCUGCCUGGAUCUGCCCAGAAACAUCAAAGGAAAUGAAAGGUAUGAGAAUAUCCUCAAGGAGGCAGAACAAAGAAUCGAAGGAGAGACUCAGAGAGAUGAGGCACUUGGCCACCCAGAUGCAAUGGCUGCAGAGCCAUCCCUGGACCAGUCUGGCACCAUGUUUGACACAUGGCUGCAGAUGGAAGUGGAGCGGCUGCUCAUACAAGAACAUGCCCUGGAGCAGCAGAAAGCUAUUAUCUCUGAUCCCACGGAGGACUCCACCCUCAGCCAGCGUGCUCGCCGAAAGCUUGUCAAAGCUCAGCUGCCUGAAUACAUCUUGGACUUUGGCUACAUCAUUCUUGGUAACAUUCGAACUCACAUUGUCAAAAUCACCAACACCAGCCAGUUCCCUGUAUCCUUCCAUGCAGACAGACGGGCCCUGCAUGAUACAGGUUUCAGCGUAGAACUGGACCGCGUGAAGAACCUGCCCUACUGUGAGACAGAAACGUUUGAAGUACGGUUUGAUCCCCGCAGUGCCAACUUGCCCUUGGGAGAUGUGGAAGUGCUCCUGCCCAUCAAGGUUGUGGCUGGCCCGACGUUUCACAUCUGCCUUCGUGCCAAGGUGACCAUGCCUUCGCUCUGCAUCUCCAGCCACAAGCUGGACUUCUCCUCCGUCCAGUGUGGGCAGUGCCAGGUGGAGACCAUCCAGCUCCACAAUCAGCUGCAGGUCGCUUGCGAAUGGUUCAUCACCAGCAAUGAGCGCAUCAAAAAGGUGGAUAAACACUUGCCAGCCAGCCUGCGGCGGAGGCUGCGUCAGGAAUUCAAAUCAAAGCCCCACAUCUUUGAGAUGAUCCCCUCAUCUGGAAUGCUGGCUCCAGGGGAGCGACUCAAUGUGCAGGUCAAGUUUGCGCCAGUGGAAGAGAGGUUCUACAGCAACCAGCUAACGGUGCACAUCUCCCAGAGCAGUGAGCGGCUGCUGUUGCUUGUCUCUGGAUACGGUCUGGAGCCACGGCUGGAGUUCACACCCUCAGUGCUGGAGCUGGGGCCCCUGCUGCCGUAUGGUGUGGGGGAUGAGGCAGAGGUGGUUGUGAAGAACCCCUGCAAGUUCCCCAUUGAGUUCUACUCCUUGGAGUUUGACCAGCAGUAUCUGACUGAGGAGAGGAUUUUGCGGAUGCUGAAGGGCUACGAUUCCCAUAAAACCUUGCUGCUGCCCCCUCGCAUCCCAGGUGAGAAGCUGCCUCCGGAGGUGCUGGAGUAUUACAAAGACCAGAAGAGGAUUCCAGAUGAGCAAGCUAAGGCCAAAAUGAUGGAGGCAAUAGGCCAAGAGAACGUAGAUGAUGAAGAGAACCCAUCUCUCUCCGAGCGCAGAAUGAAGCAAAACCCUUCUGGGACCACGCGCACUGCCUCCACCACUAUCACCAUCUUUCCCUCCAUCUCCGUGUUUGAGGAAAGCCGUUCUCACAAGGUGGAGUCUAAAUUUGAGCAGGAGGAAGAGGAGGAGGAGGAGGAGGAAGGUGCUGAAAAAGGACAGGGGCUAGAGUAUCAGCGAAGCAUUGAUGGCAGCUGCAAAGAGGCUGUUGGAGAACUAGACAACAACCCAAUUUCCAGAGCCAUCGCACGCCACCUUGGCAUCGAUAUCUCUCCAGAAGGUCGUGCAGCCAAGAACCGCAGAGGCAUUGUCAUCAUAAUCCAUGGCGCUCCCCUUACAGGAAAGACAACUGCAGCUGUCACCUUGGCCAAACACUACAGUGCUGCCUGCCUAUCCAUCGACGCUGUGGUGCUGGAAGCCCUCUCCGACAGGAGCAGUUCCGCGGGGCUUCGCGCACGGGAGCUGUGCAUCAGGGCCGCCAUUGAGCAGGCACAUCGGGAGUCAGAGGAAGCUGGUCAGUCUUCUGAGGGCUCUGCAGGGCAGACAGCUCUGAGCACAAGACUGAGCGUUGAGGCUUUGGCCAAGCAUACCACGGAGGGUAGCCAGCCGAGCUCCGAGACCAAAACCGGGCCACAGUCCAUCACCUCCAAGGGCUACAGGGGCAGCACAGGAACAGGCAGGGGGAAGUCAGAAGGCCAUGCCUCGCAGGGACAGAAGCAGCAGCACCAAUCGGAUCAAACAGGAUCACAGGUGAAAGCGAAUUCACAUGGGUUCCUCCCUAUUCCCAGUGCUCCUGUCCAGCGACGGCUCAGCCUCAGUGCCAGCAUGGCAGGAGAAUCCGGCCUGAUGAGCUGCGUGCUUCCCGAGGAGCUACUGGUGGAGAUCCUUUCCGAGAGGAUGCAGCUGAGUGACUGCUAUCAGGGAGUGGUGUUUGAUGGACUAGAAACACUCUUUGCCCGCAAUAUGCCUUCUGCUCUCCUUUGCCUGCUCAAAGCAAUCAACAACCGGCGUUACAUCUACAUGGUGAACCUGUUCCAGGAUUAUGCUGCCAUGAAGGCUAGGGAGAAGGCCAAGCAAGAGCAGGAAGAACAGGAACAGAAAGACGCCAUUGCGAGGGAAAAGGCUCGUCUCCAGGAGAUGGAUGAGGAAGAGUACGACGCUCUCACUGAGGAGCAGAAAAUUCAGUUUGAUAAUGAACUGCUCCAAGCGCUACGGGAGCGGAAAAAGAGGGAGCUGGAGAAGUUGGCUCGAGAGCUCGAGGAAAAGAGGCACCAGCAGGAAUUGGAGCGCUUGCGAGAGGAAGAAGAGAUGAGGAAGAAGACCAAGCGGUGGAAGAGAGAGUCUGGAAAAGACAAAGAUGAGGCCUUGGGAAAGAAAAGCCAGCUGGGAGGCAAACAGGGUGCCAGUGUCGCCACUGUCAAUAGGUCAGACCUCAAGCUGAACGAAGGGGUGGAGAGGAAAGGGUCUGUGAGAGAGCGUCCAGAUUCUGUGGCAUGUGACAAGGAGGACAAGAAAAAGCGGAGCAAACUCAUUCUGCCAGAUGUCCUGCCACUCGGGCUGAUGCCACCCCCGAUCCCGGAGCAGGAGGAAACGGAAAAGGAGGUGGUAAGUGACAGUGAGAAGAACUUGACACAGAGGUUUAAAGUCUAUGACGCCGCACAGAGGGAAAUUGUCCAGAUUUUGUCACUCUGGGACCGGGUGCAGGGUGUCCAGCUGCCGCCCCCAGGCCUUGAGGAGACCCAGCAUGAAGCGGAAGAUCAGCGUCAGGCUCCGUCUGGCCGCAAGGGCCGAAAGGACAGGGAAAGGGAGCGUCAGGAAAGACUGGAGAAGGAGAGAGCCGAGAGAGAGCGGCUGGAAAAGGAGAGAGCUGAGAAGGAGCGCCUGGAAAAGCUAAAGGCACUGGCGGACUCUAAGGUGUCUGGGCUGGAGGGAGAAGGGGCAGAAGGAGCAGACAAAGACCAGGAUGGAAAGAAAGACGUGGGGGUGCCAUGCUUGGACUUCCAUGUACUGAACUCAGAGGACACCAGUGGGAAGAGGAUCUUGGAGAGUGGCAAGCUGCCAGAAGUAGAGCAGAUCCUGGACGGCUUGGGGCUCGGUCCCUCAGGGCCACCCAUCCCUCCGACCGCCUUUUUCUCCGUGAUUCCCUACCCAGAGAAGCGGAUAGCUCAUGUGGCAGGAGAAGCCCUCAAGCACUUCACCUUCGUUGUGCCCGAAGAUACAAAUAUGGAUGAGGAAAAGAAGGAUGCAGAGGGCAGUGCAGAUGCUUCUGUCGCUGUCCCUGUGGUGAAGGUACAGGGCUAAGAAGAACAGAUCACCCCAACCAGAGGCAGACUGAAGAAGGACAAAGCAGAGCCCAGCCGUGAGGCUCAGAAGGAUAAGCGCAGCACAGGCCGCAAGAAGGGUCUUCAGGGGCCAGGCCCCGGAGCACUGGCACCACUGUCAGAGCUGGAUCAAAGCAACUUGAUUGGGGACCAAUCCCAAGAAAAGAUCCUCAGGCUGAGCAGCUUCCGUUGGACGGUGCCUGCUAACGGAGAGGUUGUCAUGAAGAUACACUUCUCCUCCACCGUGGCAGGGCAGUUUGAUCAGACCCUGAACUUCGAGAUCCUGGGCACGCGCCGGCAGUACCAGCUUUACUGCAGAGGCACCUGCACUUACCCUACCAUCAGCCAGGACCCCAGGAUGGUAUUUCCCCACCGGAGGAAGAGUGCGAAGCCUGACGACAUCAUCUUCAAACAGUAUGUGAUGAGCUCAGGGGUGUUCCACUUCGGCCCCUUGCUCUGUGGAAAGUCGAGAGACAGAUACAAGGCCCUCCGAUACCCCAACAACUCCGAGAAGAUAACCAUCCUCAACGCAUCCCCUUUGGAAGCGGAAGUGUUUUUCUGCUUCCAGCAUGACAUCAAGGCAAAUACAUACCUCUUGGAUCCUCCCACCAUGAUGCUGAAACCCAAUGAGAAGCAGGAGCUGAGCAUAUGGGCGUACCCCACCGCACCUGGCAUAUUUGAUGACAGCAUCGUCUGCUGCAUUAAAGAGAAUCCAGAGCCAGUGGUCUUCAGAAUCUGCUGCCAAGGGGUGCGUCCUGAACUGGAGCUCGACCGCAAGCAGUUGCAUUUUGAGAAGCUGCUGCUGCACAGAAAGGACACCAAGAUGCUUUCCUUGAGAAACACCUCCCCGAUGCCUGUAGCCUGGCGGCUCAGCGGCCUGGAGAACUUGGGGGAUGAUUUCUCUGUCUCACAAGACCAGGGCAUCAUCGGUCCCCGCUCAGAGUACUGCCUGCAGCUGCAUUUUAAGGCUACAAAACCUCUCAACAUUAAGAAGGUCAUCCGACUGGAGGUUUCAGACAUGGAAAACAUCCUGGGGAUUGUUCAGUACGAAAACAUCCAAAUCCUUGCCGAGUCCUAUGACGUUGCUCUGGACAUCAGCUUCCCCAGAGGUACAGAUGGUGGUUUGGAUUUUGGGGUCAUUAGAGUAUUGGAUGAAGCUAGGCAAAUGGUGUCCCUGAAGAACAAAGGAAAAUAUGAGAUUGGAUACAGCUUCACUCUAGAAUGCCCUGAAGCCAACAUGCCAAAUUUGAACUCUGUCUUCAACAUCCAGCCCCAGAAGGGGACUUUAGCCGCUGUUGACCGCCCCACUCAGAUCCAGAUCACCUUUCGCUCCAAGAAGGAAAUGAAAAUUGAAGAUAAGCCUAUCCUGUACUGCCAGGUGAUUGAGCCCAAUGUCUGUGAAGGAGGCGAGACCAUUGCCAGCAUUCCAGUGAAAGUGUCAGUGAAUUCUUUGUUCACCAAGUACAGCAUUUCCCCAGCCUCGCUCGUCAACUUUGGCUCCAUGAUGAACAGCACCCGGAAGACCUGCAGCUUCACUCUGGAGAACAAAGGUGCUCUUGAUUUCAAAUACUUCAUCGGCAAGCUAAUACGAGAUCUGCCCAUCCUACCAAAAAAGGGACCAUCUCACAUCAAGCACUCCCGUUCCCGUGACAGCGAGACCUUAAGCAAAAUCCCUCCUAUUGGCAAACAAAGCAAGCGCACGGAAUCUCUUCAGAAGGACAUCAACCUUGUUGCGCAGGCUCGCUUCACUCUAGGCAUGUUCACAGUGUAUCCUGGAUUUGGAUCCAUCCCUGCAGGAGGCCAGCAGAUCAUCACAGUUGAUUGUUUAGCAGAGCCAGUGGGAAAGUGUGAGGAAUACCUGGCCAUUGACAUCACCGACAGGGACCCUGACGAUAAUCCGGGAGGCAUCCCAUACACCUUGAUUGCUGAGUCAUGCCUACCAGCCUUUGUGGUCGAUGACAUCGGGUCCAUUUUUGAGGAACAUCGGAUCUGCAGCAACAUCAACCUUUACCAGAUCCUGCAGGCAGUGGAAGGCGGAGGAGUGUUUGUAUCAGAUGAGAACAAGUUCAUCUUCAGUAACGUCCUGGUUGGGCACCAGGCAACAGCUCGGUUCAAGAUCGCCAAUGUGGGCAGAAUUCCUUGUGACGUGGUCCUCGCGGUCAAGCCUGUCUCCAGCAAGGCUGCUGCCCGCAUUAACGACAUCUUCGAGGUGGAUCCCAUUCGGAUGUGCGUCCCCAGCCGCUCCCAUGCCUUUGCUGCCGUGACUUUCACCCCACAGACGAUGCAGAGCUACCAGUGCGUUUUUGAGGCUUUCAUUGAUGGACUGCCAAGCUUGGUUGCCAAAUCACGAAAUUUAACAUUUGAUAUCACCGGGGACGGGAACUUCCCCCGAGUGACCAUCUUGCGCCCUGUCCUCCGCAACAGAAGAGGGAACCCACUGCUCCUCUUCAAGAGGCUCUUGCUAGAGCGAUCGGAGAAACUCCCUUUUGUCCUUAAGAACAGUGGCAUGAUACCCGUCCAGGUGAUGGUUGACCUGUUGGAUGAUUAUGGAGUUUUCUCACUGAAACCCAGGCCUACCACUCACUGCCUCUAUGUGGCUCAGAGUGAGGGGGAUGAAUCGGGCAGAGAAGGAAGGAAACCCCACACAGCUUCCCUAAUCCUGCAGAAUGGUGAGUCGGCAGAGUUUGAUGUGCUUUUCAAACCCAGCCUGGCCCAGCGGGUGGAAGGGAAAAUCCAUCUGUCAGUGGUGGACAAUCAGUAUGAGGAAACCUGCAUUCAGAUGGUGGGAGAGGGCUACCAAGACGAUAUCACGCUGGAUAACAUCCAUGGGUUGGUAGCAGAGAACAACGAGGAGAAUGCAGAGGGGCAGCUGGAGGAGGACAGAGUGGAGGCUGCCAGAGAAGAUCACAUCCAGUUUGGGGACUGUCACAUCGGGAGGCCCUACCAGGUGACCUUCACGAUAACCAAUCGCAGCAAAGCAGACGUGAUGAGGUUUGAAUGGCCUGCUGCGGCUUCGCUUGUCUUCUCUCCCCAGGUUGGCCACCUCCAUGCUGAAUGUGCUAAGGAUAUCACAGUGACUUUGAAAUCUAAUGUUCCUGUCACCUUCAAAAUGCACACGGUUAAGUGUAAGGUGUCCAGAAUCACCUUCCAGCAUCCUGCGGACCAGGUCCCUGACUGGGAUGACCGCCUGCAUACUGUCAAGUGGGUGGAUGCUCUGAGGAGCCUGACGACCACGCGCCCGACAAAGAGGAAGGUGAUAGAGACAGACCCCGAACCCGCCCACACUGUUCUGGAAGACAGCAGCCGAGAGCUAGAACUUCGAAUCAGUGCCAUUGUUGAUUACACCCAGUUCAAGCUAGAAGCUAACUUGGUGCAGUUCAAGGAGACCUUGCUCUUCCAGACCAGGGUGUUCAAGUUCCAGCUGUCCAAUAAGGGGAAUGUGGCGCUGGAGUACUCCUGGAAGGUGGUCAUGGAGGACAGCAGAAGGGCAGUCAACUUUACUGAAGAACCAUUGCCAUGCUGCCCUGAAGGAGAGUUCCCAUCUGCCACAUCUGCUGCCUCCACCAAAAUACCAUGCAGUCGACCCGCUAGCCAGCUAGGCAGUGUUCUGGAGAGUGUCUCAUCCUUCCUGUGUGCUCUUGCUGCUCUCCCUCCAUUCUCCAUGGAACCCAGCAAUGGCCUCAUCCCAGCCGGGAAGAAGCAGCAGUUCCUGUUGAAAUUCUCCCCACUGGAAGUGGGAGAAUUUGAGGGCCGCCUACUCUGCAGUAUCCCCAACCUGAAGCCCAAUCACCAAGGCCCCGUAGUGGCUGUGAAGGGGAGAAGCCUCCUGCCAUACUGCCAUUUCGAGCUGGAGGACUCUGACUACCUCACCGCAAACAGGCGCAACCCAGAGCUGCGAGGGCCCUGGGGGGCUGCGCUGGAUCCCAACACCAGGGUGAUUGAGUUUGCAUCCGUCGGAGUGCACGCUCGGAACAGCAGGACCUUCAUGCUUGUGAACCCCACCAAUUCCACCUACUCCUUCCAGUGGGCUUGUGAACAGCCAGAAGACUUGCGAGAACAGUCAGUCUUCAGCUGUCUGACAGAAAUGGGCCAGAUCCGGCCUGAGAAGAAGGCCAAGGUCACGUUUGAAUUCAUCCCGCAGCACCUGGGUACCACAGAAUCGUUUUGGACCUUUACAAUCCCUGAACAGAACAUCUCAGUCCCAUUCCUGUUGGUGGGCAACACCACCGACCCCUCAGUGUCGCUGGACAGAUCCCACCUGAACUAUUUCUCUCUGUUAGUCGGACAUGAGGCCCACAAGACGGUUCACAUGAUUAACAACGAGAAAGAGACCUUCAGCUUUGCUUUCAGAGACUCCUCGCGCUAUUCAGAGGGACACAUUAACUACCUAACAGUGCAGCCCAUGGAGGGCUGCAUUCCACCUCUUUCCAGGCUUCCUGUUACCAUCCUCUUCACACCAACGUUGGAGGGGGAGGUGAACUUUAACCUCAUCUGUGAUGUCAAGAGAAAGACCCAGCCGCUGUCCUUAAACGUCAAAGCCAUUGGCUACAGCAUGAACGUGUGCGUCAGGUGCGAAGAAAACGACGGCUUGUUCACCGAGCUGAGUCUGCAGGAGAGCAGCAGCAUCAACUUUGAGGAGGUGGAAAUAAACGACUCUGCUCACCGCAACUUCUGUGUCCUGAACACUGGCAAGUUCACUUUCAGCUUCUCGUGGGAGUUUUCCGGCCCCAAAGCGCUGCAGCACUACCUCUCCAUCACCCCUGAGAACGGCACUGUGGAGGCAGGAGAGCGAGUACAGGCCCAGCUGACCUUCCACCCACUGAAGACCUGCAUCUUAAAGGACAUGGAGCUUAAGCUAAAGAUCAGCAACGGGCCCACGUUUAGCUGCAUGCUCCUGGCUUCUGUGGUGAUGCCCACCAUCCACUUCUCCUUUACCAAGCUUGACUUCGGAACCUGCUUCAUCUACUACGCCGGGAUGCCCCCUGCCAGACACAUCCUUACCAUCACAAACAAGGAGGCCAAGGAGAUUAGCUUAGACUGCUUGUACACCAACACUGCCCACUUUGAGGUGAGCUUCCAGGCUGAAGUGCUGAGUCCAGGAGGGAAGAUGGAGGUGCCAAUCACUUUCUAUCCCCGAGAGGCCGUUUCCUACCACGAUAUCAUCCCCUUUGAAAUCAAUGGGCUCUCCCAACAGACCAUUGAGGUCCUGGGGAAGGGCACGGAGAUGAAGAUUGACAUCUUGGAACCGCCCAGCAAAGUGGUGAGAUUGGGCGCGCUGUCUGUUGGACAAACUAUGAAGAAGACUGUCACAAUAGUGAACAAUAGUGUUGCCCUUCUCACUUUUAACCUAACUUUCAUGUUCACUGUUCCGGAGCUACUGGAAUCUAAGGUUCUCAGCUUGUCUCCAUCCAGCGACAUAACUCUGAAGCCCAAAGGGGGCACCUGCAGCGUAGAGGUGACUUUCUCCCCAAAGUGCCGCAUCCCGCUGUUCGCAGAGGAGGUGAUGCUCGAGUGCAUGGGGCUGCUGCGCUCCUUCUUCGUGGUGCGGGGCUGCUGCCAGGGCAUUGAAGUGAGCUUGGACCAGGAUCAUAUCCCCUUUGGAGCAGUGGUGCAGCGGAGCCAGGCUUCCCGGCGCGUCCUCAUGCAGAACACAGGAGACAUAGGAGUCAGAUUUAAAUGGGACAUCAAGAGUUUUGAGCCAGAUUUCUCCAUCAGCCCGGUGGAGGGCUACAUCUCCCCAGGAAUGGAAGUCCCCUUUGAAGUGACCUUUCAUCCCUGUGAGCUGAACCCGGAUAUCCACUAUGACAACCUGCAGUGCUGCAUCCAGGGCAGCGAAGCGCUCCAGCUCACUCUGACUGGCUACUGCGUGGUGGUGCCUAUGACAAAAGAGGUGAUGAAUUUCACGUGUCAGGUGCGUGGAAAACACACCCAGACUAUCAUGCUGUCCAACCGGAGCAACCAGUCAUGGAACCUGCAGCCCAUCAUUGAGGGGGAACAAUGGAAAGGGCCUGAAUUCAUCAGGGUAGAGGCCCAUCAGCAAAACAAGCCCUACGAGAUCACUUACAGACCCCUCACCAUGAACGUGGAGAACAAGAAGCAUCAGGGCUCCAUCUUCUUUCCGCUACCCGAUGGGACAGGUUUGCUGUACCUCCUGCAGGGGACUGCAGAGCCCCCUAAGUCUUCAGGGACCAUUGUCCGAGAGGUGCCAUGCAAAACUACCUACACCGAAUUGCUCCCCAUCGCGAACUGGCUGAACAAGCCACAAAGAUUCCACGUGAUAGUGGAUGUGAUCAAACCAGAAAAGCUGGACAUCACCACCAUGCUGAAGGGGCUGGACUACACGGAAGUGCCUGCCUCCUCCAAGAAGGACUAUAAGCUCACCUUCUUCUCCUACAAGGAAGGGCUAUUCAGUGCCAAGGUGACCUUUCGCAAUGAGGCGACACAGGAGUACGUGUUCUACCUGGUCACGUUCAAGGCCAUCCCUUCCGGUCCGGUCAGCACCAUCGAGAUGGUUACCCCUGUUCGGCAGAGCACGUCCUCCUCCGUCAAGGUGGAGAACCCCCUCGUCUUCCCGGUGACGUUCACUACAGACUGCAAAGUGCCCGAUGUCAACCUCCCGCCGCAGUUCAUUGUGCCCGCCCAGUCCGAGGGGGUGCUCGUGUUCGAAUUCCAGCCCCUAAAAGUCGGGGAGGUCAGUGGGCGCCUGGUGCUACAGAGCAGCGACUUGGGCUCCUUCCAGUACGACCUGAACCUGAAAGCCAUUGCAGCCAGGCCGGAGAAGCCGCUGUACUUCCGUGCCAUGCUGGGCAGCAGCCAGAGCAUCACCACCAAGUUCAUGAACUACACCCGGCAAAGAACGGAGUACACGUGCAAGACUGACUGUUCAGAUUUCCACACGGAUAAAAUCAUCAAUGCAGCCGCAGGCUCUCAGGGGGGCACAGAGGUCAGUGUGGACGUAACCUAUGAACCCUACCAGCUGGGUGAAUCAAGAGCAACUCUCAUCCUGUCGUCACCCAUCGGAGGAGAAUACAGCAUCCCGCUCUUUGGCGUGUCAGUGCCCCCCAAGCCCCAGGGCCCCUUUCAGAUCAAGGCUGGCUCCAGCACGGCCAUUCCCUUCAAGAAUGUGUUCCUGCAGCACACGGCCUUCACCUACAACGUGGAGAACCCAGCGUUCACCAUCAAGGCUGCUGAGACCAUACGCUCCAAGAAGAACAUCUUCAUCACCGUCUCCUUUGAGGGGAACCCCACUGGCAGCAAGAUGCCCGUCACCAGCAAGCUGGUCGUCUCCUGCGCCCGGGCAUCAGGCAUGGGGGCAGGCAUUUCCUGGGUUUAUUACUUGAAGGGCAUAACCCCUGAGAAGUGA